AUGUCCUUCCUCAAAGAGGCCGCUCGUCCAUGCCGGGCAUCGACAGCAUGGCGCUUAUAUUCGCGGCAAUUCCAGUAUCAGAAAAGGCUCUUCAGCCGAAGUCGACCCUUUGCCUCCCCCGUCUCCGCCGAAGAAGUCAACGGCGCACAUAAAUACUGUAUCGAUCUACUCUCGAAAUAUGACCGACCCUCCUACACGCUGAGCACCUUCAUCCCACCCCACGCAAGAUCCUUCUACAUCGCCCUGCGCGCAUUGAACGUCUCCCUUUCCUUAAUCCCGGACACAAUCUCCUCCCCCACAAUCGGGCUAAUGCGCCUACAAUUUUGGCGCGACGCCGUAACGAAAAUCCUCGCUGGCUCGCCGCCAAAGGAACCCGUGGCACUCCUUCUCGCCUCCGCCAUCUCCGAGCUCAACGAGCGCACACAAGGCCGGGCCAGGAUAAGCAAGGGCUGGCUUACCCGGAUGAUUAGUGCGAGAGAACAGACGCUCACAAAUGACCCGUACCCGAAUAUCGCCGCCCUCGAAUCCUACGCUGAAAAUACCUACUCCACCCUCAUGUACUUGACUUUGUCAGCGCUGCCGAUGGCAUCGGUCACGGCGGAUCAUGUGGCUUCUCAUAUUGGAAAGGCAGCGGGAAUUGCGGCUGUGCUGCGUGGAUUGCCGCUUGUUGCGUUUCCUGCGCCGGCAGCUAAGUCGCCCAGCGGGAGCUCGGUGAGUGCUGGUCCCAAGCAGGGUGCCGUUAUGCUGCCUCUGGAUAUCAUGGCGCAGACUGGGGUCAAGGAGGAAGAGGUUCUGCGGCGCGGAGCCGAUGCUGAGGGUUUACGAGAUGCGGUUUUCACUGUAGCUACGCGGGCCAGUGAUCAUUUGAUUACUGUGGAGCAGAUGUUGAGCAAUCUUCGGGCUGGCAAAGAUGUCGGGCAUGAUUUUGAGCAUGAGGGUGAAGAGGGUCAUGAAUAUGGACAUGAUGUCCUGGGUGGCGCCCAGACCCGCGAGUCGCCUGUUGAUGAAAUCAAUCGAGCCUUUGGUGUCUUCAUGCCGGCGGUGUCUACUCGCCUGUGGCUCGAUCGCCUGCAGCAGUACGAUUUUGAUGUCUUCCGUCCGGAGCUACUGCGGUCGGAUUGGAAGUUCCCAUGGAAGGCUUACAUGGCUUUCAAUCGGAAGAGUAUUUGA